AUCCGACAUAUGGGAAAAAUAGAUGUUGCUCAAAAUAAAAAAGAGGCUGAAAUGUGAGGCAGGUAUCAUAGCUUUGGAUAAAAAGUGAAGACAGCGGCAUCUCCAAAACAAGCCUCACGGAAUAGAAACGCUACCUGCUGAGAUUACUACAAAUGCGCUGAUGUUUACUGAAUUGUUUUGAUUCUUUCAUGCCAAGUGCAGCAUUAGUGAUCCUGCUAUGACACAAGCUAACGUUAGCUAGCCACUUUCAGCGUGAACCUUGAUCUGGGCUGAAACAACGAUUUCUUUAAUCCUGCAGUGAAUUAAUUCUUUGUCUUACUAAAAUAUCAAACGACAAAUUUCGAAUAAAAGGCGGCCUAAAUAUAUAUUUGGAUCAUUCACGCUAUGGGAGUAUGUCUUAUGAUGUGCUAGGAAAUACAACACUGGGACCACUGUGAGGAGAGGGACAGGAACAUCGUCUGGACCUGUGGAGUGUUUGCACCUGUAUCCUAAACCUUCAUAGCCCCCAUGGAGAAAAGGGAGAAAAGACCAGGCUACUUUGCAAGGCUGAAGAAAAAAAGACAGAUCAAGCACAGCCAAUCAGAGAAAUUAGUGAUUGAACAGAACCAGUCGGCUGUAGUCUCAAAAGAGUCAGUCAUCUGUGCACCCGCCUCCACCGUCGAAAUUCAGGAGAAGAAUGUGGAGAAAGAGACGCUGAGGAAAAACAGUCAAAUCCAGAAUGAGAAAGCAGAGGAAAGCUGCAACUCCAGCAGCCAAACGAAAAAAGAGAAGAGGAGACCUCCAGGCACCGUGGAGUACACAGUUGGACCUAAUGACACUCUGAACAGCAUCGCCCUGAAGUUCAACAUCACCCCAAAUAAACUGGUUCAGCUCAACCGCCUCUACUCCCGCAGCGUUGUACCCGGACAGAGGCUGUUUGUCCCUGAUGUGGGCCAAUCAGAGUCUGGCUCCCAGGUCACUGGGUCUUCGGACCAAGCCGCCACUGAAUCAUCAGAGAAGGAGUCCCAGGAUGGGGAGAUGUCCAACAGAGCAGGCAAACCACUGAGAAGGCAAAUGUCUCCCCUCUCUGAGGAUGAGGGGCCCGCUACUGUGAAAUUCAUUAAGAUGAGCUGCAAGUACUUCACCGAUGGCAUGGGGGUGGUAGGCGGGGUGAUGAUUGUAACGCCCAAUAACAUCAUGUUCGACCCGCACAAGUCGGACCCGUUGGUGAUAGAACACGGCUGUGAGGAGUACGGGCUCAUCUGCCCCAUGGAGGAGGUGCUCUCCGUAGCACUGUACGACGAUGUAUCCCGCAUGAAACUGAAAGACGCGCUCCCAUCAGACCUACCCCAGGAUCUGUGUCCCUUGUACAGGCCUGGAGAGUGGGAGGAGCUCCCCUCUGAGCGUGACCUCAAUCCGUUCAGUCGUUACGAGGCCAUGCCCAGCCGCCCAAUCAUACUGGACGAGGCAGAGUUUGAGGCGGGAGAAUGCCGCCCGUCCGACAAGUCUCCGUCUGACGAGGGUUUCACCGAGCUGGAAAUGCUACAGAAUGACUCAGGUGCUGAGAGCGCAAAUUCAGAUGCCAAACAGAGCCAAGUUCCACCCCAUGGUCCUACUGGUCAUGAAUUAAAGGAGGCAACACAGCAAUAUCAAAGCAAUAUCGCCGAACAGAGGGGAAAGAAGAAAGAGUCGUUCUCCGAGGUCUUACCAGAGAAAGAGAUAAAGAGGGAGGAGAAGGAGGAAGAUGAAGGGCUUAAUAAUAAUCAUGCCAGUGAAGAGAGUCCAGAGGUGCUGUUAAUACCAGUUUCAGCUGAUGCAGAGCCAGCAAGCGCAAUGCAGGCUGGGGUGCGGAGUGGUGAUGGGGAGCACCCUGUUGCCAAGGACGUGAACGCAGCCAAAGAAGACAGGGAAGCCAGUGGGUUAGAGAGUGAAAUCUCUGAGACCACAAGUGCAUCAGGGGACCAAAAAGGGAAGCUGAGCCUCGGGGGCAUGGCCGGAGAUUCCGGGAAAUGCAGCCCGUCAGGACAAAACCCAGAUGAGGCCGUGGAGACAAGUGAACCAAACUCUGAGGAGGAGCUGACUGAAGAGGAGAAACGGAGGCGGGCCAAUGAGGCUGAAAUGAAGUCAUGGCUGCUGAAAAGGAUGCAGGCACCAAUAGAAGACAUGCUGCUAUCCACAGAGGAAAAGAGCAAGACACCUCCCAUGUUCCUCUGCUUUAAGGUGGGCAAGCCUAUGAAGAAGUCCUUCGCCAUUGGGCAGACCUCAAGCCCCGCCCACUCAUUUGGUGGGCGGGGAAAGCAGCUGGAGUACUGGUUUGCUGUGCCACAGGAGAGGGUGGACCAUCUUUACUCAUUCUUCAUACAGUGGUCGCCUGAUGUCUAUGGCAAAGAUGCACAGGAGCAAGGCUUUGUUGUUGUGGAGAAAGAUGAACUUGACAUGAUUGACAACUUCUUCAGUGACCCAGUGCCCAGGAGCUGGGAGAUCAUCACCAUUAAUGAGGCAAAGAGAAGACAGAGUUUUGGCAGUUUUGAGGAUGAGGAGUCUAUGGAUGUGCUACCUGUGCUGAGUGACUCUAGUGCACUUAUGGAGGACACACAUGUUGAGAAGCUUGCUGCUCGACUGCCGGCCCGAGUUCAGGGGUAUCCAUGGAGACUGGUCUACAGUACUGUGGUCCAUGGGACAAGCCUGAAGACCAUGUAUAGGAACCUCAGUGAACUGGAAUGCCCUGUGCUUUUGGUCAUCAAAGACAUGGACAACCAGCUGUUCGGAGCCUUCUCCACUCACCCAUUCAGAGUGAGUGAACACUACUACGGCACUGGGGAGGCCUUUCUCUAUACCUUCAACCCUGAGAUCAAGGUGUUUCGUUGGACUGGUGAAAAUUCAUAUUUUGUGAAGGGAAACCUAGACUCUCUCCAGAUGGGAGGUGGAGGGGGACAAAUUGGUCUGUGGUUAGAUGCUGACUUGUAUCAUGGCACCACCUCCAAAUGCUCUACCUUCAACAACCAACCACUCUCUUCACAACAGGACUUUACUGUCCAAAACCUGGAGGUCUGGGCAUUUGAAUGAAGACACAUGCAUACAUACAUACAUACAUACUUGGACACAUACACACACAAAUGUACACAUGCUCCCAACCUCACUUACACGCUGUGAUAAAUAUAUAAAUACGCGUUACUAUCCAGCUCACAGCACUGAAACACACAUUACGGUUUGACUGUGUAAAGUUGGUCGCCGGAUAGCUUAGCCCAGGGCGUUUCCUGGUCCAACUUGCUCUUACUGCACUAAGUGCGGUUGCACGGGUCUACUGGAUUUAACUCUACGUACAGGUUUGCCUGGUUUAAUCUGGUCUGACCUUGUGUUUGUUGUGUGGUAUAAUGCGUUCUCGACGGAAUGGCAUGGAUGAGGCUGGUUUUGGCUGACAGCGCUUUUCUCUGCCGGGCUGAGUGUGUUCUGACUUUGUAGAAAUGGUGAAAGCUACGGGCUGCUUGUUUGUGUCCUGCUAUGACUGCCUUAACCCGCCGUGCCACCCACAGCUUUCCCAGAAUGCAAUACUAACCAUAGACACUCAACCCCACAUCUUAAAUGAAAGCACUACACAUUAGCUGUGACAGCGGGAGACUAAAUGAGAACUGUAUUAGAGAACCUGAGGGAAUUUCAGAGCUGAAGUGAGUGAAUUUUGUCCCAUCAGCUUUGAUCUACGUUUUCCUUUGUUUCUUACUUGUUCGUUUACUUUUGUAAUGGUUAUGGUCCCAGAGGAAUAGACAAGAGACCACCAGAGGGAGGUUGGAGACUGGAACGAGGUGGUCCAUACUUAAAAACAUUCCACGUCCUUGAACGCAGUCCAGCUUUUAGAUUGAAAAGGGAAGACUGAAUGCCAGUGUGCUGACCAAAGC